ACUGUUCCUGGCUUCCUGCGUUGCUUGAGUGUGUGGUGCGAGGGAGAGGGUUUGGGAGCGUGCUGAGGUCUAUCACAAGAGCUUGGCCUGUUUUGUUGGGUUGCAUGGAGGAAUGCAUGAAAUGCUAGCAUUGUUUGUAGCUAGUAUGCGAAUAUUUAUUUUAUUUUUGUAAAUAUUUCCAGCUUAGUAGCCAAAGAAGCAACAAGAUAAAGCAAUCGCAUUGAGUGCGUAGCUCACCGAAAUUCUAGAUUUCUUAGACGCAGGACCAUUCAGUUAUUUGAAGGCGCUUAUUGAUCUCAAACGUAAAUCUGAAGAUGUCUGCCGAUUGUCAGAAGACCACAUGCAGGGCAAUCCCAACUAGACGGGUGACUAUAAACGACGCGGCUCACCUGCCCCAUGAUUACUCCACAACUCCGGGAGGAACAUUGUUCAGCACGACCCCGGGAGGCACACGGAUCAUCUACGACCGAAAGUUCCUGCUGGACUGUCGCAGUUCCCCCGUGGCCCGCACGCCCCCCCGCUGCCUGCCCAACAUCCCCGGGGUCACCAGCCCCCCUGCGGCCCCCGCCCCGGAACAGAUCCUCAACAACAACUGCAGCGCUCACGCAGACAAGAGUGCCGGUGAAGACGCACAGUUUGAAAUGGAUAUCUAACCACCCCUGAGACCUGGUACAGGAGAGCCGGGAGUAAUGAUGACCGCUAUGAUGAUGAUUAUGGUGGUGUUGAUGACAAGUGAAGAAGAAGAAUAAUUUGUUGAAGAACCACGCCCCAAUUCAAUUGUGUCCUACCGUGAAGGCAGCUAAUGAAAACGGACCCUUGCUCUUGUGGAAGACUUAUCCAUAAAACACCGCCAACCCCCCUUCAUACCCCCUGACCUGUCACCCCUCCCUAUUGGCCUAUUUCGCCCCAUGUGACACUGUUAAGCCUGAUCUAUAUUUCUGCGUCGAGCCGCAUUCCCCAUGCCGUACCCUGUGGCGUAGCCUGAUGCGCACCUCCCUAGAAAUGUAACUACGCGUCGCAGCGAUGCGGACCGUAAGAGCUGUGAUUGGUCCGCUUGGUAGCACUGCAUCGUGCAUUUCCGCCUGCUCGGCCAUUGAUCAGUUUCAGUCGCCUGUGCUGUGUCCGAAACCCAAAUCAGUUGGCUUGAUGCCUCGUUGCCUGAUGAGGAAAAAGGCGACUUCGGAGGUGUGUUUGCAGCCCGCAAUUUAGACGCACUUGAAAGCAGAAAGAUGUCAGAGUGAAAGUAAAGUGAUUAGGUUAUUUCAGUGUGUUAAGCAAUUAAAUUGUCGAGCUCAUUGUGUACUUGCACUCAUAAACAAGCUCUUUUUCAGUUCUUUGUGAACUCCGCCACUGUUUUCAGGCAUAGCCUUCGCAUAGACUCGACGCAGAGGUAUGAAUCAGGCUGUACCUCUACAGUGUCUUGGAAGGGAAGCUGUAGUCUUGUGCAGUUUGGCUUCCCAUUAAGAAUAAAAACAAACUGCAGUGUUAUUGGUUGUAGUCAGCCAGCAUUAAGUUAUAUUAUAGGUUAAUGGAUUAUUUUGCUGCAGGACUUUUUUUGCUGCAGUUACUUUUCAUAAAUGUUCUUAUAGUGUUUUACUCCCAAUCUAUCUCAAGGAUCAUCAACUCUGGCCCUCGAGUCAGAAUCCAGCCCUGUUUUUUUUUUUCUCCUAGUAAUUAGUGCUACUGAUUGGCCAGACUGUCUUCACAGGAGGGCGGAAAACCGUCAGUUCUCAGCCCUCGAGGACCAUGAGUUGCUGAUCCCUGGUCUAGCUCACUCAAGCACCAGUGCAUGUUGUUCAGUUUGCUGCAGUACCUGAACCACAAACGCCAAUAUCCAAAUACACCAAUUCCCUCUUCGACAUCAUCAUCAGCACCCCCCCCCCAGUCCCCAGUUCUUGUUUUCAUUUCAAUGUUGUCUGUUCCCCCCAGGCCAGAAACUGAACGCCCGUGGUUGUGUUUUGUUCGCUGGUCUCUCUGAGAUUGCCUUCAUGGUGUUUCCAUGUUCACUUGCUGGUCAUUUCACCGAGUGAAACGGAUUAUUCACCGAAAUAGUUCAACCUUUGGAAUGUAAAUUGAUAUUAUUUUCUAUAUUUUUGUUGAUGGAGACUGGAGACUGGAGACACGAUUCACAUGGUCAUGAUCAUGGAGGACUAAAUAAAAACUAAACGAGUUGAUGCUCAAACAGAA